GCAGAACAAUUCCCAAACUUCCAGCAUGCUCAGAGGAAUUAGUGGUCAGCGACAAUUGGUGCGCAUGUGAACAAAGACUGGCUAGCUACCAGCCUGUAAUAUCGACAAUGCGGUCCUCAGACCCAAAUCUCAAACACCUAGACGCCGAGGCGUCAUCAGAAGAUGAUGGGUACCGCAGCACCGGGUCCGACUCUGGUUCCGAUUCGGAUUCCCUCGACAGCACUGGGCCGCGAAAGAAGCGUAGAACCUCGUUGCCGCCAGCUGAGGAUUCCGAUGAUGGUGAUGACUCUGGCGUCCCUUUCGCCCCGUCUAGGAUCGUCUCCUCCUUCAGUGCCCCUUCACGCAUUACACGUAACCCUUCCCAGAAGCUGGAAGGACCUCCCGUUGAUCACUUGAAGCACCCACCGACUACGGUCCUAGCACCAACACUCCCAGAUACCACCUUUGAGUCGCUUGGCGUAAGGCCAUGGCUGGUGCAGUCCCUGGCCAAUAUGGCCAUCAAGCGCCCUACCGGUAUCCAAAAGGGGUGUAUCCCGGAAAUCCUCAAGGGCCGGGACUGCAUCGGUGGUAGCAGGACCGGCUCCGGAAAAACAGUCGCCUUCGCCGUUCCCAUUCUGCAGAAGUGGGCAGAAGACCCGUCUGCUAUCUUCGCCGUCGUCUUGACUCCAACCCGCGAGCUCGCGUUGCAAAUCUACGAGCAGUUCAAGGCUGUUUCGUCGCCCCAAUCCUUGAAAGCCGUAUUGGUGACUGGCGGUUCCGAUAUGCGCGCGCAAGCCACUGCCCUGGCACAACGGCCUCACGUUGUUAUUGCAACCCCUGGCCGGCUAGCAGAUCAUAUUCGAACCUCGGGCGAGGACACAAUUUGUGGCCUGCGGAGAGUCCGCUUUGUCGUACUUGACGAAGCAGAUCGGCUUCUGGCUGCGUCCAGCACGGGCAGCAUGCUUCCGGACGUGGAGGAAUGCCUGGGGGUGCUUCCCCCAGCAACACAGCGACAGACCCUACUGUUUACCGCGACUAUUACCCCUGAAGUGAGGGCUCUGAAGAACAUGCCCGCCAAGCCAGGCCGCGAGCCCCUCUUCGUCUGCGAGGUAGAUACACAGAUGUUGGCCAUACCCGCAACCCUCAGCCAGAUGCACAUGCAGGUACCAGUCACGCAUCGAGAGCAUUAUCUCCACGUCUUCCUCCUUACCGAGGCCAACGUCGACAAGUCCGUUAUCAUCUUCUGCAACCGCACCUCAACCGCGGAUUACCUACACCAUCUCCUCCGUCUGCUCGACCAUCGCGUGACGUCGCUGCACUCGAAACUACCCCAGUGCGAUCGUAUCGACAACCUCGGCCGGUUCCGGGCCUCUGCGGCGCGGAUAUUAGUCGCCACCGACGUUGCUGCGCGAGGUCUGGAUAUCCCCGAAGUGAGCCUAGUUGUUAAUUACGAUAUUCCCCGGGACCCGGAUGACUACAUCCAUCGCGUGGGCCGCACCGCCCGUGCAGGGCGCAAGGGAGACGCGGUCACGUUUGUGGGACAGCGCGAUGUCCAGUUGGUGCUGGCGAUCGAGGAGCGGGUGGGCCGGCCGCUGGAGGCCUGGAAGGAGGAGGGUGUCAACCUGGAGACACGGGUACUCCGAGAUGCUCUGAAGCUUGUCGGAGAGAAGAAACGGGAAGCCCUACUCGAGGUAGAGGAGCACAGGGAGGUUGGCGGCAAGAGAAAAAGGGUGAAGCAGAAGCUUCGUGUGCAAUAAGCCCCUUCAUCGCAUAGCUAGGUAUAUUAGAUUAGAGCUCACCUGAGGUGAAAAAUCACACAAGGAGCAGAUUGCCGGGCACCAUUUGACAGCACUGGAUUGAGUGAUUGCUCCAAAAGGAAUCUGCAGCACUGCCUUUGCGAGCAUGCCCGGGCUCUAACCUCCGCGUUGAUCUUCCACUACCAAGCACAAACCCU